ACUGUGCAUGUGGAUAGGUCGCGGUCACUUUGAAGCGUAACCACGCCCCGUGUUGUGUUACUAUUUAUGGAUCCAUGACGCUCAAGUGUUUCACCUCGGCUUCGACUCGCUUGCCCUCUACCCAGCGUGUCACCUCACAUAACACUACAUGGCAUGGAUACGGCAGUAAUGCUCUCUAGUCACGACGACACGGCCUUGCCUUGCGUUACGACGCACUUUUCCCGACCAUAUGGCGGGCGCUUGCUGCAAGUGUCCCAUCUCUCUGUUGAUAUUUAAACGCUCGUUGCUGAUCACGCCUCGCAGCACCACUGCCUCCAGCCCUCGGUCUCUCCUGGUUGGCGGUAGGUUGGGGGAGAGAAGGCUGCAGGACAGCUGCUGUCGAGCAGCGCUUCCCAACGCGCUCAGAACGACCAGCUCCUAUCGCAGCAACCCCGUGUUUCUGUGUUUCUCCUGCCAGGAGUCCAUGAGCGAAAGCCUGCGCACUUGCUACACGUACUUGAACCAAACGAGUCGAAGUUUUGCAGCUGUGAUCGAGUCGCUGGACGGGGACCUACGACAUGCGGUCUGCAUCUUCUACCUGGUGUUGAGGUCCCUGGACACGGUGGAGGACGACAUGACCAUCCCCCUGGCGACCAAGGUGCCCAUGCUCAACGACUUCCACACCUUCCUCUACCAGGCCGACUGGUGCUUCACCGAGAGCCAGGAGAAAGACCGCCAGGUCCUGGAGGACUUCCCCACGAUUUCCCUGGAGUUCCGUAAGCUGGGCCAGCAGUACCGCGAGGUCAUCUCUGACAUCUGUCACCGUAUGGGGAUGGGCAUGGCCGAGUUCCUGGAGAAGAAAGUGGGCUCCAUGAAGGAAUGGGACCUGUACUGUCACUACGUGGCCGGCCUGGUGGGCAUCGGGCUCUCCCAGCUGUUCUCGGCGUCCCAGCUGGCGGACCCCGAGGUGGGCCAGGACACGGAGCUGGCCAACUCCAUGGGCCUGUUCCUCCAGAAGACCAACAUCAUCCGGGACUACCUGGAGGACACGCAGCAGGGCCGCGCCUUCUGGCCCCAGGAGGCGUGGGUCCAGUUCUCGGACCGUCUGGAGGACCUGGCCCAGCCGGAGAAGCUGGAGUCGGCGCUGUCCUGCCUCAACCUGCUGGUGACGGACGCUCUGAGGCACGUUCCCGACGUGCUCACCUACCUGGCCCGCCUGCGCAACCAGAGCAUCUUCAACUUCUGCGCCAUUCCACAGGUGAUGGCCCUGGCGACACUGACGGCGUGCUACAACAACCCCAUGGUGUUCCGCGGCGUGGUGAAGAUUCGCAAGGGCCAGGCGGUCACGCUCAUGAUGGACGCCAACAACAUGGAGGCCGUGCGCACCAUCAUCACCCAGUACAGCGGCGAGUUGCGACAGAAGGUCUCCCUGACGGACCCGUCGCGGGCCGAGACGUUGCACAUCCUGGGCGUGAUCGCCGAGAAGUCCGCCCCCCUGCAGCCCGCGCUGCAGUCUAAAAGCUCCCACCUGUCGCCCAUGUACCUGUCCGCCGCCAUGCUGCUGGCGGCGUUCAGCUGGCAGUACCUCAGCACGACCGUGGCCCAGGCGCAAGACGGCAGGGACAUGCAGGGACACUAGCCUCCACCGAACCCCCUCCAGUGCUACACACCAAGUCCCCUCCUCUGGUUCUCCAGGAACUCUGGUUCUCCAGGAACCAGGGUCCUCGCUCGGCUGGAUUUCACGUUCUCUUCUGGGUUCCUCUCGCUCUUCCUUAGUCCUUGGUGGUCCUCGGAGAUGGAGUGGAGUGCUGAUCUUGGGGGUUUCGUCUCUGGGACGGAGUUCUUUGAACCAAAAACGAUGAGGAAGAGGGGGAGACUGCUCUCUGCAGGCUGCUGUGGAUAGCUUGAUGGAUCCGCGGUUCGAGUUUUUGUUGAUUUAUCAUUUGUUUUGUGUUUGCUAUUUGCAAUAUGGUACGUCUUUUGUGGUUUAAUGUUUUUUGUGUCAUCUUAAUUGUGUAAAAGAAAAUAUAAAAAAAAGGUUAAUGGUGAUUUCACAUGUAGAGAAAUAUGCAUUGUAAGGUUUUAUUAUUGUUUUGACCUUAAAUAGUUGACAUGCAUUCUGGGCUGACUACAAGAUUCAGGUCUAGUUUGUAUAUUUUGAGGAUUGACUGACACUGAUUUAUGUGAUACGACCUUAAAAGUCCUUUUUUGAUUUUGAGAAGAUACAUUUUUAGAUGCAAAUCUCACUUGUGGAACGGUAAGAAUGUAGUGAUGGACGAAAAAAGUAAUUUCUUGGCAGACGAACGUUAAUAAGGUUAUCUUACGGCUGUGUGUGAGUGAGUCUCUAAACAUUAUGAAUUAUAUGCGAAGAAAAAGCAAUAACUUGUUAGGAGCCAAGAAAUGACUGCGGAAAUCUAUCUUAUUAUACCCAGUGCAGAAUAGUAAUAGAACAGAUACCCCAAAGGUUUUUCUUUUAAAUCAUCAGACGGCCCUGCGACGCUGGUUAGAAGGUUUGCCUCAUGGUCCAUGGAACCAAUCACAAUAUAAAGCUGCUGAUAGACAUGUUAGCAGUAACGUGUGGAGACGAAGAGAAACGUUGGCGUAGUACCUUGAGGUACGCAUAAAACCUAUGAAUUAGGUUUAACAUGCCCUUAAUCUCAAUCCCAGUCUCAAAGGGUUUUUCACAGGACCCAACCCCCCCCCCCCCCCCGGCCCGCGCACCUCACCCCGAAUCCCCUUACAAGAAACCGGUGGGAAGAACCGAACUGAGAAAGAGAUGCAGAAUGAGACUGAUGGCAUUAAGUGUCCUUAAACAAGCUUUGGUGAGUAGAAUGGCUAGCGCGGAAAAAACCUUAUACGGAUCCAAAGAACAACGACUAUUAACAUUGCUAUGUAAUGUGACUAUUCUAUUGGUAGAUGGACUUGUUUCACACAGAUGACCUCUAUCCUUCACUUUUUGAAAUAAAAGGAAAUGUUUA